UUUCUUUCAUUCCUUUAUUCUUUGAUACUAGAGAGAGAGAGAGAGAGAGAGGGAGAGAGAGAGUGAGAAGAAAUGGCUGAAGAUGAAUACCCACAGAAGGCUUUUGGUUGGGCUGCAAGGGACACCUCUGGGUUCCUCUCCCCAUUCAAAUUUUCUCGCAGAGAAAACAAUGAUGACGAUGUGACAGUUAAAGUACUUUAUUGUGGGGUUUGUCACUCUGACUUGCAUACUGUGAAAAAUGAAUGGGGCUUCACCAUGUACCCAAUUGUUCCCGGGCAUGAAAUUGUAGGUGUUGUGACCAAAACUGGGAAAAACGUUGAGAAAUUCAAGAUUGGUGAUCGAGUUGGAGUUGGGGUCAUUGUUGGGUCCUGCAAAACAUGUGAGAUCUGCCAACAAGACUUGGAAAAUUACUGCCCAAAAAUGGUCCUUACUUAUAACUCAAUUUCAGCUGAAGGGGUGAAGACCCAAGGUGGUUAUUCUGAUGUAAUGGUUGUCGACCAGCACUAUGUGCUUCGCUUUCCUGAUACCCUACCUGCUGAUGCUGGUGCACCCCUACUUUGUGCUGGGAUCACAGUUUACAGCCCAAUGAAAUAUUAUGGAAUGACUGAGCCUGGUAAGCAUUUGGGUGUGGUUGGACUUGGUGGACUUGGUCAUAUUGCUGUGAAGUUUGGGAAGGCCUUUGGGUUGAAAGUCACUGUAAUCAGUACCUCGCUGAAGAAAGAAGCAGAGGCCAUCAACAAACUUGGUGCUGACUCUUUCCUCAUUAGCACUGAUCCCACAGCAAUGAAGGCUGCUAUGGGUACUAUGGAUUAUAUCAUUGAUACAGUUUCAGCAGUUCAUUCUUUGGCUCCACUGCUUGGCCUAUUGAAGCUGAAUGGGAAACUUGUUACUGUUGGCCUGCCUGAUAAGCCCUUAGAACUUCCUAUCUUCCCAUUAUGUUUGGGGCGGAAGCUUGUUGGGGGUAGUGAUAUUGGUGGAGUGAAAGAGACACAGGAGAUGCUAGACUUUUGCGCAAAGCAUAACAUAACAUCAGACAUUGAGCUGAUCCAGAUGGACUACAUCAACACUGCCAUGGAACGGCUUGCCAAAUCUGAUGUCAGAUAUCGCUUUGUUAUUGAUGUGGCAAACUCCUUGUUGCAGCAGUAGCAGGAGGGAAGUCAGUGAUGAUGUUGAAGCAGCUGCUGCUAUUAUCUCCUUUCAAUAUUGAGAUCUAAACCAAUAAAUCUAAGCAAGUUUAAGAAAACUUUUAAUUUGAGGGAUUGUGACAAAAGUUGAUGCAUGGACAUGAAAUGUUGGUGACUGUCUUCAACAUGACAUGACUGUUGUUAUGUGAUGUCCAGUUUGAGUUGAGAGAAGCAAUGAACUUAUUUGUCUCUGGUAGCUUGCUUUUAAUCAACUGCUGCCAUCUAUUUUGUUUCAGUUGCUCCUUUUGCAAUUAGAACUUGGUGUGUGACCCCUUUGAGAUUGAUUCACUUGCUGCCUUCUUAA